AUGCAUAAAUAUGCUGAGAGAGGAAAACAGCAUUCGGGCAGGGCCAGUUUCAAGGAAGUCUGUGAGCGUCCAAACGUCUCCUGCCAGGAAUUCUGCAUCGACUCAGAAAUCCAGGCUGGGAGAUGUUUGGACGGCCGACCAUGCUGUCUGCCCAUGGUGCACGUACCUGAAGUCGACACUACUACACCCAAGGAGUACUGA